AUGACGACGUGCCGUCUGCUGUGCGCCCUGUUGGUGCUUGCCCUGUGCUGCUGCCCGUCCGUGGGCGCGACAGCGAGUAGUGGCGAUCAAAAAGCGGCCAACGUUUCAACGUCCCCUCAGUCACAGGGAGCAGGUGUUCCAGGACCCGAUGGGGCAGGGUCGUUAAGUGGGUCCAGUACUGGACAGACAUCACGUGGGAACCUCACAUCACAACAAUCAGAUCCGGCAGCUGGUAAGGGACACGCUCCGUCAGGGAUUCCGGGUCCGACCGUCACGGUAGGGUCAAAGGGUCAGGGGGCCGGUACGCCAGCGAGUCUGGGGAACGAUGCGGAACAGUCACAUGGUAUGUCUGGUUUGCGAUUGGCAGCAGACCCGGCCAGAACGGUACAGGAACAGGCACAAAUUACGGGGGCCGGUGGGUCAGGGUCGCGAAUUACGUCCAGUAAAGAACAAACAGGAAGUGGGAGCAAAACGUCACAAGGAUUAAGUUCCGGGAACGGUACUGCACAAAAUCCGGGUGAAAAAGAGGCGGUAGGGUCAAACAAGCCGGACGGUAAGGAACCGAAUUCAGGCACGACGACCGAUACCGUACAAGAGACAGGCACGGGAUCGGCUACGUCAACGAGUCCCGAUUCAACAUCUCCGGGGCGUAUUACAGAACAGCAACCAAGUGGAUCCGCUAACCCAGUCCAACAAAUUCAAAAGGCAAAUGCGCCAACAACAACAAGCACGACGGCCACUGCGCAAGAGGCAUCAACUACCACCACCACUACGACUACAACGACCACUCGCGCACCGUCACUUCUUCGCGAAAGCGACGGCAGCCUCAGCAGCCCUGCGUGGGUGUGUGCCCCGCUGCUGCUCGCCGUAUCCGCGCUGGCGUACACCACUCUGGGCUGA